UUGUUUUUAAAUAGAAAAAUGCAACAAUUUGUUUCUCAUAUCAACAGAAAAAGGCUCAAUUCACAUGGAAAAGACGAAGAUGAGAAUCCUCUCCAUUGCAAAAUUUGUCUCCAAAUAUUUAAUGAGCCUUAUAGCACAAUCUGUGGACAUACCUUUUGUAGAUCUUUAUUCAACAUUCUCCUCAAUGUCCUAUCUGUGAUACUAAUUUAGAUGUUAAACGGCUAAAAACUUUGUGCCCUAAUUUUACUGUUUCUUCUAUGAUUGAUAAAAUUCUUGUUGACGUUGAAACAAAAAAGGAACAUUGUAAAGGACAUUCGUCUCAAACGGUUACAGGCCAACCAGAUAAUGGCGAUCAGAUCUUACAAAUGAUACAGAAUCAACAACUGUCAUUGGAGUCAGUUCAACGAAUCUCUGAAUUGCUAAAGCGUCGACAAACGGAAUUAGAAUUGAAUAAUCAACAGAUUCAAAAUUUGCUUCUCAAUGACUUAUUUGACCGUAUGAUUGCUAAAAGAGAAAACACAGCAAAAAUAAUUCAAGCCGAAUUGGACACUUUAAAACGGGAUAAACAACAUAUUUUUAAUACGUUAACUAGCCAACUCAGUCCAAGCUCUUUACAACGAUUAGUUCCUGAUAGUAAUCAAGUUAUGCAAUUAUUGUCUGUUGAUCCAUCAUUAUCUAAUACUUCCAACGAUCACUUGGCGCCUUUAGCAGAAGAAAACAAUCUCCGAUCAGACUCGCCUUCGACUCCUCAAGCUCUUCAAUUUCAAGCUAACCUUACAGAAAAAUUGUAUCAUUAUCGACGAAGAAUGUGUCGACAUGUUGCAUCGCUUGAAUCUGCCUAUUUUGGUUCUAAAACCUCUCUCAAUGUUAAUAAGAAUAGCGACAUUAGUUCUUCCCUCGGUAGUGUUUCACAUGCUGAACUUGACGAAUUUUCUGAAACGGUCAAACGACUUUAUCAAUACGGAGAUAUGAAAUUACUUGCAACGUUAAACUAUAAUUUGGAAUCUAACAGCUCUCUUUCUAUCGUCUCUAGUAUUGAAUUUGAUAAAGAUGGAGAAUUUUUCGUAAUCGCUGGAGUGGCCAAGAAAAUUAAAUUAUACAAUUAUGAGGCUAUUGUCAACUUUGAAGGGGAAUUACACUAUCCAUUGGAGCAGCUAAUUUGUAAUUCAAAAAUUAGCAAUAUUUCUUGGAAUCCAUACAAUAAGAACAUGUUGGCAAGCAGUGAUUAUGAAGGGACUGUUCAGCUUUGGGACACUGCAGCUGCCGUUUGCACUCGUACAUUUAAGGAACACGAAAAACGUUGUUGGACAGUUCAAUUCAAUAAUAUUGACCCUCAUUUAAUGGCUAGUGGAAGUGAUGAUGGAAAAGUAAAAUUAUGGGCAUUACAUGCCUCACAGUCUGUUUGUACAAUUGAUGCACGUGUGAAUGUUUGUUGUGUUUAUUUUUCUCCAAAAUAUCGGAAUCAGCUAGUAUUCGGCUCUUCAGACCAUUGUGUACAUCUUUAUGAUAUUCGACAGCCAGGAAAACCAUUGAAUGUCUUUCGUGGUCACAAGAAAGCCGUCUCAUAUGUAAAAUAUGCUAACGAGGACGAAGUUAUCUCUGCUUCAACAGACAGCAAUUUGCGCCUAUGGGACGUUAGCACUGGAAAAUGUCUUCAAACAAUGCGUGGCCAUCAAAACGAGAAAAAUUUUGUUGGAAUGGCAACAGAUGGAAAUCACGUUGUUUGUGGGAGCGAAAACAAUAGACUAUAUCUCUACUACAAAAAAGUCUUCGAUCCCUUGCUUUCAUUCGACUGCACAACCCGCUCUGUGGACAACAUACAACCAACCGCGCCAGAAACGACUACUGGGAAUGCUACCUCAUUUACUAAUCCAUCCCCUUCGUUUUCUGAUCCUGUCCCACCUACACAACACCAUUCAACUAAUGAUUUUGUUUCCGCGGUUUGUUGGAAACGUAAUACAAGUAUUGUCCUGGCUGCUAAUAGUCAAGGACAGACAUUUAUUCUUCAGUUGAAAUGA